AUGACACAAGCCUCCUUGAUCAAUGGCGGCCUAGGCCCGGGUUCGUCUCCUACAGAAGGAUCUAUGGACCCAAGGAAUCUGUCAGGCGACUCUGGCGAUGGCCAAGAACAGGACUGGUCCCAGUGGAUGCAAUGGGACUGGGACGAAUCCAUUUCAAAUACCAAGGCCAACAUCGGCGCACAGUCAUUAGACAACAGCCCAAACUCCAAUCUAAUGACAUUGCCAGACAUCGAUGCUGUCGACUUUGUUUCUGACCCGCUUCUUUUCAGGCAAAAUAUCAAAGCUGACCUAGGCUUCCCCAUCCCGCAAAAUGGCAAUCAUAAUACGUCCGCUGUACGAAAAAGCGGGAGUUCGAAGGGCCCUUCGACCAGCAGUUUGUUAAACCGGAAAAGGAAAACUUCUAGUGAAGAUGGUAGCCUUGGAAAGCUCGAGGACGAUUCGCCCCCAGAGUCCAAAACGCAGCCAACUAAAAAACGAUCACACAAUGUCAUCGAGAAGCGGUAUAGGGCCAACCUCAACGAUAAAAUCUCAGAGCUUAGAGAUAGCGUUCCUAGCCUACGCGCCCUUUCGAAACCAGGCAAUGGAGGCUCCCCAUCUGUUGAUGAUGAUGUUACACUAGGAAACAAGCUCAACAAGGCAUCUAUUCUGUCCAAGGCGACCGAGUAUAUACGCCACUUGGAGCUACGGAAUCAACGACUUGAAGAGGAGAAUAACGGCUUGAAGAAUAGUCUCCGGCAACUUGACAAGGCCAUGACUCUGGAUCAUAAGCCCUCUACGUCUGUGGGCUCCGCCUCAUCGCCGGAUAGCUAUUCGGGAACAAUCGACAGCUUUGGGUCUCCUCCUAGUGUCUUUUCACAUGUUGAAGAAUCGUCAUCCCGGAAACUGUCCGAGUCUGGCGCACCCCCAGAAGGACUGAUCCCAGUUCCGGACUAUAUCAAACAAAUGCGAGCCAACGCACCUACAACAGGUAUAUUCGCCGAGUCAUACAUCAAGGACGAACCUAAACCUGGGCAACAAAAUCAGAAUUCACAAAGAGGCAUGAGUACUUCAAGCAAAUUUAUGCUGGGCACUAUUGCAAGUUUGAUGGUUGUUCAAAAUAUGUCCACACAGAAAGAGAAUGAUUCAAACGAAAAGGGAUUGCUGGCAGUUCCCGUUUCUGCUUUCAACGACAUCAUACUACCUUUUUGCAAAUAUGCCCAUACCAAAUUCUUGAUUUGGAGUGCGGAUAUGGGCUUGUGGAACUCAUGGCACGUGAAGGCCGUAUUGAACCUAUCUCUUACGGUCUUUCUUGUCGUAGGGAGCGCCUUCGUCGUUUUCCUCUACCUCUUUAAUUCCCGACCGCAAUCGGAUCGUGAUCAACGAAAAGUUAUUUCUGCAGCUGGAGUCAGAAUGACUCCGGCAGAGUUUAGAAGACAGGCUUGGUUGACGAGUAUGCAAAGAGUGGGGGUACCACGUCACCGAUUCUUCCUCGAGUGGUUUGCAGUCACUUGUAGGUGGUUUGAAUACACACUUGGAUGCCUGCUCGGGUGGAAGCUGUAUUCCUGGAUCACCGGUAUCACCGAAGAGGAUGAGAAAGGACGAGUUAAAACCUGGGAUAUUGCAAUCGACGCCCAACUGGCGGGCGGAGACCCCGAGAUCAGCAAGUCACGAAUGGUGCUUACGAUAUUUGCCUCCGGAACCCUACCUCGCAGUCCCGGGCGAAUGAUGCUGAAAGCGCUCCACUGUCGCAUUCUGCUCUGGCGCGUCAGCAAGUCAGACUCCUUCGUUUCCAGAAUCGCGAACGAUGCUGGCCGUGCCUUGGCUACCUAUCAAUGGGGUCUGGCGAGAUAUAUGAACCGGGCUUUGCCAAAGGAUCACCCAGAUGCAUUGCCGAGGCACUUGGCGGCUCUCCUGGAGAAUAAUUGUAACGACGUCUUACUCGAUUCCAUAGUCCAGCGGGCUGUCAAUCUUACAUGGAGUCGACCUACCCAGGACGGUCUCGACGAAGAUGAGGCAUUGUUGGACGUGGUGGUUGAGGACCCAGCAGUACAGACUACCAUGGACAGCAUUGCAGCAUGGUGGUCCAGCCACGUGCUACAAAACACACUACUACGCUUUCUGAACUAUGGUGCAGAUGGCUGCCCGGAACUUAAAAGGCAGAUUGACCUUGCAUCGACAGUUGCCCCCCGUCUAUCCGUUGCCCAUACUCGGGCCUUGGCUGUGAGAGCAGUUCUUUUUGAAACGAAUCGACUGCGUGACAUCAACGUGGUGCUCGCUUCUUUGCCGUCGAAGAAGAAUAGGAAUUCUCAAGCCAGCAACUUCUUAGAUUCCUCAAUCCCGACAUCUGCUCGCGAGGAGAUCGUCAUUGCCGUGCGUUGCGCGAUGAUUGCAGCCACAAUCAAAGCCCGAACUACAGAUGACCCGUCCUUUCCGUCUCAUUUGACCACGCGAAAAGCGAUUUCCUGGCUCAACCAGCUCCCACUAGAUCCUAUUGAGCUGACGCUCGUCGGGUUUGUUGCCGUAUACCAUCUCCUGCAUUUAGUAACUACUUAUGACGAUAUCCUCUCAUCCUCAUCCUCGACGUCUCUUGCUUCAUUGGCCACAUCAUCAAAUGUUUCCAUAUCUUCAACAAAGUCAGCCCCUCUGGCCGAUUCCUCUCCCAACCCCAUGACCCAUAAACGCGUCCUCUCCAACGGCGGCUCCGAGCCAACUCCGGAAUACAGCCGCAUUGCCGGUGAUCUGAUGUACUGGGCUCGAAACGCUUACAACCCAGCCUUUUACGGCCUGACGACCAAGACUGUUGACAGAGUCGAAGCAAAAUGCAUUUCCAUCUGCCAGGACAUUGGCAUCGAUUUGCGGCAGCAGCAGAAAAAACACCCGCAGGCAGUAAAGUCUGGUCUGCGCAAAAUCGUCAGAGAGGAACGAAAACACGAACGAAAGAACUCUGCUUCUCUCCGCAAGGAAGAAAAUCGACGAGAAAGUGUUGGCAGUUAUGAUACGGGGUAUGUUAGUGAUUUGAUCAAUGAUGACGCGGCGAGAGACGAACGGAUUAUUACUUUAUAA